AGCUUCAUGGAGGUCAGAACUACUUAAACGCUAGGCUUGUUUUCAACCAAAUACAGUACUGUGUGGUUAUAUAAUGUCUGCUACAAAAUAGACAGAGUCAAACGCGACUGAUUGAGCGAUCUAUGGAAUAAACGGGGUCGAACAUUUCCUGGUGAUAAAGAUGGAGAAUCGUGAAAACAAUCAGACCACAGAAACACCAGAUGUGCAGACGAAAACCUGCCAGUCCUCCAAUAAAACCGAUGAUCAGAUUGAACUGAAAGAAGAUUUUUUCACUUGCCAUGAAUGUGGGAUGGAUUUCUUUGAGCAAGCAAGUCUUGAGCAGCACAUGAGAAUUCACACAGAAGAGAAACCGUUCAUCUGCCCUCAGUGUGGAAAGAGUUUCACAAUGCAACACAGGCUUGAGGCUCAUUUAAGAAUUCACACUGGAGAGAAACCAUUCAGUUGCUCAGAGUGUGGAAAGUGUUUCACGCAACAAGGUCAGAUUAAAAGUCACAUGAGAAGUCACACUGGAGAGAAACCUUUCACUUGCCCUCAAUGUCAAACUAGUUUCACUUCGAAACAAAGCCUUAAAAGUCACAUUAGAAUUCACACUGGAGAGAAACCUUUCACCUGCUCUGAGUGUGGAAAGAGCUUCAUAACACAAGGAUACCUUAAACGUCACAUAAAAACUCACACUGGUGAGAAACCUUUCACCUGCCCUCAAUGUGGAAAGAGUUACAAAGUGCAAGAAAGCCUUGAGAGUCACAUAAGAGUUCACACCGGAGAGAGGCCGUUCGUCUGCCCUCAGUGUGGAAAGGGUUUCACAGCAAAACAGUGUCUUAAAAGUCACAUGAGCAUUCACAUUGGAGAGAAACCUUUCACCUGCUCCAUCUGUGGGAUGAGCUUCACACAACAUCAAAGUCUUAAACGUCAUAUGUGCACUCACACUGGAGAGAAGCCUUUCAUUUGCCCUGAAUGUGGAAAGAGUUACACAAUAAAACAACGCCUUGACAUUCACAUGAGAAUUCACUCGGGAGAGAGACCCUUUUCCUGCUCUCAGUGUAGAAAGAAUUUCACAGUAAAACUUAACCUUGAUAGACAUAUGAGAAUUCACACUGGAGUGAAGCCGUUUUCCUGCUCUCAGUGUGGAAAGAGCUUCACAGUGAAACAAAGCCUGGAGAGCCACAUGACCAUUCACACUGGAAAGAAGCCUUUCACCUGCACCGAGUGUGGAAAGGGUUUCACGAGUAAACCUAAGCUUAGUUAUCACAUGAGAAAUCACUCAGGAGAGAGGCCUUUUAUAUGUUCUAAGUGUGCAAAAAGUUUCACAGUGAAACAAAACCUUGAUAUUCACAUGAGAAUUCACUCUGGAGAGAAACCCUUUUCCUGCUCUCAGUGUGGAAAAAGUUUCACAAUGAAACAAAACCUUGACAUUCACAUGAGAAGUCACACUGAUGAGAAGCCUUUCACCUGCUCUCAAUGUGGAAAGAGUUACAAAGUGCAGCAAAGCCUUGAGAGUCACAUGAGAGUUCACACUGGAGAGAACCCUUUCACUUGCUCCGAGUGUGGAAAGAGUUUCACAGUGAAACAAAGCCUUAUGAAUCACAUGAGAGUUCACACUGGAGAGAAACCUUUCACUUGCUCCGAGUGUGGAAAGAGUUUCACAGUGAAACAAAGCCUUAUGAAUCACAUGAGAGUUCACACUGGAGAGAAACCUUUCACUUGCUCCGAGUGUGGAAAGAGUUUCACAGUGAAACAAAGCCUUAUGAAUCACAUGAGAAUUCACACUGGAGAGAGGCCUUUCACCUGCCCUCAGUGUCCGAAGAGCUUCAUGCAACAUAAACAUCUUAAACGUCACAUAAAAACUCACACUGGAGAGAAGCUUAUUGAUAGAGUGGGGGAAAUCUCUGCUGUCACCUGUGUGCAGCAUCAAUCCAAAUGAAGUGAUGGCAGUCAUAGCGUACUAGUACAUCCGCCAGCUAUCAGAGGAGAGUGAUGUAGUCAGUUUGUUUGAUUAGGAGACCAGGACCAGUGUUGGGCAAGUUACUCUGAAAAUGUAAUCAAAUUACUGAUUACUCCUUUUA